AGAAGCUCGUUGCACUUGGCCAAGGUGAAUUAACAGAUGGAGCAUCGAUUGUUGAUGCCGCCGCAGCUAUUGGGACAGCAUGGGGUGCUGGCGCUUCUGCUACUGCUGCCACUGCUGCUGCCGAUGCGAGUGGUGCAGCUGCCACGUCAUCUAGCCCACGUGGCACCGUGUGGCACAGAGGAGCGCCAUGGCAAGGCCACGUGGGGUCAUGGUUGAAGAGCCUGCCGCCCAGUGCUUUGACUGUCACUGUUCACGAGCCUGCCUUUGGUCGCACGUGCCCUGGUGAUUGCAGUGGCAAUGGAGUGUGCAAUGCGGAGUUUGGGGAGUGCAGAUGCCGCCACGGGUACACCGGCCCUGACUGCUCUCAAACGGAGGACUAUCCGUGCAACCUACCAGCAACCCCAGAGAGCCCCCUGGGGCCUUGGAUCGUGUCCAUCUGUGCAGCCCACUGCGACCUGCGCCGCGCCCAGUGCCGAUGCGGGCCCAACACUAACUACCCUGACCGCCCUGUCGUCGCGCCUUGCGGUUUCCCCAAGGCCCCUGA